AUGCAUUUUCAAGUAGUGCUGCCUUCUCAGGGAGUACUGCCUUUGCAACGAGUGCUGCCUCCCAAUGAGUGCUGCCUCCCAAUGAGUGCUGCCUUCGCAAGGAGUGCUGCCUUCGCAAGGAGUGCUGCCUUCGCAAGGAGUGCUGCCUUCGCAAGGAGUGCUGCCUUCGCAAGGAGUGCAGCCUUCGCAAUGAGGGCUGCCUUUGCAGGGAGUGCUGCCUUCGCAAGGGUUGGUGCCUUCGCAAGGUGUGCUGCCUUUGCAAGGAGUGCUGCCUUCGCUAGGAGUGCUGCCCUUCUAAGGAGAGCUGGUUCCGCAAGGAGUGCUGCCAUCGCUAGGAGUGCUGCUUUCGGAAGGAGGGCUGACUUCGCAAGGAGUGCUGCCUUCCCAAUGAGUGCUGCCUUUGCAAGGAGUGCUGCCUUCGCACGGAGUGCAGCCUUCGCAUGGAGUGCUGCUUUUGCUCAGAGUGCUGCCUUCGCAAGGAGUGCAGCCUUCGCAAGGAGUGCAGCCUUCGCAAGGAGUGCAGCCUUCGCAAGGAAUGCUGCCUUCGCAAGGAGUGCUGCCUUCGCAAGGAUUGCUGCCUUCACAUGGACUGUUGCCUUCGCAAGGAGUGCUGCCUUUGCAAGGAUUGCUGCCUUCGCAAGGAGUGCUGCCUUCGCUAGGAGUGCUGCCUUCGCUAGGAGUGCUGCCUUCGCAGGGAGUGCUGCCUAUGCAGGGAGUGCUGCCUUCGCAAGGAGAGCUGCCUUCACAAGGAAUGCUGCCUUCGCAAGGAGUGCUGCCUUCGCAAGGAGUGCUGCUUUCGCACGGGGUGCAGCCUUCGCACAUAGUGCUGCCUUCACACGGAGUGCUUCCUUUGACAGAGUGCUGCCUUCGCAAGGAGGGCUGCCUUCGCAGGGAGUGCUGCCUACGCAGGGAGUGCUGCCUUCGCAGGGAGUGGUGCCUUCGCAAGGAGUGCUGCCUUCGCAAGGAGUGCUGCCUUCGCACGGAGUGCAGCCUUCGCAUGUAAUGCUGCCUUCACACGGAGUGCUUCCUUUGACAGAGUGCUGCCUUCGCAAGGAGGGCUGCCUUCGCAAAGAGUGCUGCCUUCGCAAGGAGUGCAGCCUUUGCAUAGAGUGCUGCCUUUGCAGGGAGUGCUGCCUUUGCACAGAGUGCUGCCACCGCAAGAAGUGCUGCCUUUGCAUGGACUGUUGCCUUCGCAAGGAGUGCUGCCUUUGCAAGGAGUGCUGCCUUUGCAAGGAGUGCUGCCUUCGCAAGGAGUGCUGCCUUCACAAGGAGUGCUGCCUUCGCUAG